GUGCGGGACUGGAGCUGCAGUCCCAGGUGCGGGACUGGAGCUGCAGUCCCAGGUGCGGGACUGGAGCUGCAGUCCCAGGUGCGGGACUGGAGCUGCAGUCCCAGGUGCGGGACUGGAGCUGCAGUCCCAGGUGCGGGACUGGAGCUGCAGUCCCAGGCGCGGGACUGGAGCUGCAGUCCCAGGUGCGGGACUGGAGCUGCAGUCCCAGGUGCGGGACUGGAGCUGCAGUCCCAGGUGCGGGACUGGAGCUGCAGUCCCAGGUGCGGGACUGGAGCUGCAGUCCCAGGUGCGGGACUGGAGCUGCAGUCCCAGGUGCGGGACUGGAGCUGCAGUCCCAGGUGCGGGACUGGAGCUGCAGUCCCAGGUGCGGGACUGGAGCUGCAGUCCCAGGUGCGGGACUGGAGCUGCAGUCCCAGGCGCGGGACUGGAGCUGCAGUCCCAGGUGCGGGACUGGAGCUGCAGUCCCAGGUGCGGGACUGGAGCUGCAGUCCCAGGUGCGGGACUGGAGCUGCAGUCCCAGGUGCGGGACUGGAGCUGCAGUCCCAGGUGCGGGACUGGAGCUGCAGUCCCAGGUGCGGGACUGGAGCUGCAGUCCCAGGUGCGGGACUGGAGCUGCAGUCCCAGGUGCGGGACUGGAGCUGCAGUCCCAGGUGCGGGACUGGAGCUGCAGUCCCAGGUGCGGGACUGGAGCUGCAGUCCCAGGUGCGGGACUGGAGCUGCAGUCCCAGGUGCGGGACUGGAGCUGCAGUCCCAGGUGCGGGACUGGAGCUGCAGUCCCAGGUGCGGGACUGGAGCUGCAGUCCCAGGUGCGGGACUGGAGCUGCAGUCCCAGGUGCGGGACUGGAGCUGCAGUCCCAGGUGCGGGACUGGAGCUGCAGUCCCAGGUGCGGGACUGGAGCUGCAGUCCCAGGUGCGGGACUGGAGCUGCAGUCCCAGGUGCGGGACUGGAGCUGCAGUCCCAGGUGCGGGACUGGAGCUGCAGUCCCAGGUGCGGGACUGGAGCUGCAGUCCCAGGUGCGGGACUGGAGCUGCAGUCCCAGGUGCGGGACUGGAGCUGCAGUCCCAGGUGCGGGACUGGAGCUGCAGUCCCAGGUGCGGGACUGGAGCUGCAGUCCCAGGUGCGGGACUGGAGCUGCAGUCCCAGGUGCGGGACUGGAGCUGCAGUCCCAGGUGCGGGACUGGAGCUGCAGUCCCAGGUGCGGGACUGGAGCUGCAGUCCCAGGUGCGGGACUGGAGCUGCAGUCCCAGGUGCGGGACUGGAGCUGCAGUCCCAGGUGCGGGACUGGAGCUGCAGUCCCAGGCGCGGGACUGGAGCUGCAGUCCCAGGUGCGGGACUGGAGCUGCAGUCCCAGGUGCGGGACUGGAGCUGCAGUCCCAGGUGCGGGACUGGAGCUGCAGUCCCAGGUGCGGGACUGGAGCUGCAGUCCCAGGUGCGGGACUGGAGCUGCAGUCCCAGGUGCGGGACUGGAGCUGCAGUCCCAGGCGCGGGACUGGAGCUGCAGUCCCAGGUGCGGGACUGGAGCUGCAGUCCCAGGUGCGGGACUGGAGCUGCAGUCCCAGGUGCGGGACUGGAGCUGCAGUCCCAGGUGCGGGACUGGAGCUGCAGUCCCAGGUGCGGGACUGGAGCUGCAGUCCCAGGUGCGGGACUGGAGCUGCAGUCCCAGGUGCGGGACUGGAGCUGCAGUCCCAGGUGCGGGACUGGAGCUGCAGUCCCAGGUGCGGGACUGGAGCUGCAGUCCCAGGUGCGGGACUGGAGCUGCAGUCCCAGGUGCGGGACUGGAGCUGCAGUCCCAGGUGCGGGACUGGAGCUGCAGUCCCAGGUGCGGGACUGGAGCUGCAGUCCCAGGUGCGGGACUGGAGCUGCAGUCCCAGGCUGCGGGACUGGAGCUGCAGUCCCAGGUGCGGGACUGGAGCUGCAGUCCCAGGUGCGGGACUGGAGCUGCAGUCCCAGGUGCGGGACUGGAGCUGCAGUCCCAGGUGCGGGACUGGAGCUGCAGUCCCAGGUGCGGGACUGGAGCUGCAGUCCCAGGUGCGGGACUGGAGCUGCAGUCCCAGGCGCGGGACUGGAGCUGCAGUCCCAGGUGCGGGACUGGAGCUGCAGUCCCAGGUGCGGGACUGGAGCUGCAGUCCCAGGUGCGGGACUGGAGCUGCAGUCCCAGGUGCGGGACUGGAGCUGCAGUCCCAGGUGCGGGACUGGAGCUGCAGUCCCAGGUGCGGGACUGGAGCUGCAGUCCCAGGUGCGGGACUGGAGCUGCAGUCCCAGGUGCGGGACUGGAGCUGCAGUCCCAGGUGCGGGACUGGAGCUGCAGUCCCAGGUGCGGGACUGGAGCUGCAGUCCCAGGCGCGGGACUGGAGCUGCAGUCCCAGGUGCGGGACUGGAGCUGCAGUCCCAGGUGCGGGACUGGAGCUGCAGUCCCAGGUGCGGGACUGGAGCUGCAGUCCCAGGUGCGGGACUGGAGCUGCAGUCCCAGGUGCGGGACUGGAGCUGCAGUCCCAGGCGCGGGACUGGAGCUGCAGUCCCAGGUGCGGGACUGGAGCUGCAGUCCCAGGUGCGGGACUGGAGCUGCAGUCCCAGGUGCGGGACUGGAGCUGCAGUCCCAGGCGCGGGACUGGAGCUGCAGUCCCAGGUGCGGGACUGGAGCUGCAGUCCCAGGUGCGGGACUGGAGCUGCAGUCCCAGGUGCGGGACUGGAGCUGCAGUCCCAGGUGCGGGACUGGAGCUGCAGUCCCAGGUGCGGGACUGGAGCUGCAGUCCCAGGCGCGGGACUGGAGCUGCAGUCCCAGGUGCGGGACUGGAGCUGCAGUCCCAGGUGCGGGACUGGAGCUGCAGUCCCAGGUGCGGGACUGGAGCUGCAGUCCCAGGUGCGGGACUGGAGCUGCAGUCCCAGGUGCGGGACUGGAGCUGCAGUCCCAGGCGCGGGACUGGAGCUGCAGUCCCAGGUGCGGGACUGGAGCUGCAGUCCCAGGUGCGGGACUGGAGCUGCAGUCCCAGGUGCGGGACUGGAGCUGCAGUCCCAGGUGCGGGACUGGAGCUGCAGUCCCAGGUGCGGGACUGGAGCUGCAGUCCCAGGUGCGGGACUGGAGCUGCAGUCCCAGGCGCGGGACUGGAGCUGCAGUCCCAGGUGCGGGACUGGAGCUGCAGUCCCAGGUGCGGGACUGGAGCUGCAGUCCCAGGUGCGGGACUGGAGCUGCAGUCCCAGGUGCGGGACUGGAGCUGCAGUCCCAGGUGCGGGACUGGAGCUGCAGUCCCAGGUGCGGGACUGGAGCUGCAGUCCCAGGUGCGGGACUGGAGCUGCAGUCCCAGGUGCGGGACUGGAGCUGCAGUCCCAGGUGCGGGACUGGAGCUGCAGUCCCAGGUGCGGGACUGGAGCUGCAGUCCCAGGUGCGGGACUGGAGCUGCAGUCCCAGGUGCGGGACUGGAGCUGCAGUCCCAGGUGCGGGACUGGAGCUGCAGUCCCAGGUGCGGGACUGGAGCUGCAGUCCCAGGUGCGGGACUGGAGCUGCAGUCCCAGGUGCGGGACUGGAGCUGCAGUCCCAGGUGCGGGACUGGAGCUGCAGUCCCAGGUGCGGGACUGGAGCUGCAGUCCCAGGUGCGGGACUGGAGCUGCAGUCCCAGGUGCGGGACUGGAGCUGCAGUCCCAGGUGCGGGACUGGAGCUGCAGUCCCAGGUGCGGGACUGGAGCUGCAGUCCCAGGUGCGGGACUGGAGCUGCAGUCCCAGGUGCGGGACUGGAGCUGCAGUCCCAGGUGCGGGACUGGAGCUGCAGUCCCAGGUGCGGGACUGGAGCUGCAGUCCCAGGUGCGGGACUGGAGCUGCAGUCCCAGGUGCGGGACUGGAGCUGCAGUCCCAGGUGCGGGACUGGAGCUGCAGUCCCAGGUGCGGGACUGGAGCUGCAGUCCCAGGUGCGGGACUGGAGCUGCAGUCCCAGGUGCGGGACUGGAGCUGCAGUCCCAGGUGCGGGACUGGAGCUGCAGUCCCAGGUGCGGGACUGGAGCUGCAGUCCCAGGUGCGGGACUGGAGCUGCAGUCCCAGGUGCGGGACUGGAGCUGCAGUCCCAGGUGCGGGACUGGAGCUGCAGUCCCAGGUGCGGGACUGGAGCUGCAGUCCCAGGUGCGGGACUGGAGCUGCAGUCCCAGGUGCGGGACUGGAGCUGCAGUCCCAGGUGCGGGACUGGAGCUGCAGUCCCAGGUGCGGGACUGGAGCUGCAGUCCCAGGUGCGGGACUGGAGCUGCAGUCCCAGGUGCGGGACUGGAGCUGCAGUCCCAGGUGCGGGACUGGAGCUGCAGUCCCAGGUGCGGGACUGGAGCUGCAGUCCCAGGUGCGGGACUGGAGCUGCAGUCCCAGGUGCGGGACUGGAGCUGCAGUCCCAGGUGCGGGACUGGAGCUGCAGUCCCAGGUGCGGGACUGGAGCUGCAGUCCCAGGUGCGGGACUGGAGCUGCAGUCCCAGGUGCGGGACUGGAGCUGCAGUCCCAGGUGCGGGACUGGAGCUGCAGUCCCAGGUGCGGGACUGGAGCUGCAGUCCCAGGUGCGGGACUGGAGCUGCAGUCCCAGGUGCGGGACUGGAGCUGCAGUCCCAGGUGCGGGACUGGAGCUGCAGUCCCAGGUGCGGGACUGGAGCUGCAGUCCCAGGUGCGGGACUGGAGCUGCAGUCCCAGGUGCGGGACUGGAGCUGCAGUCCCAGGUGCGGGACUGGAGCUGCAGUCCCAGGUGCGGGACUGGAGCUGCAGUCCCAGGUGCGGGACUGGAGCUGCAGUCCCAGGUGCGGGACUGGAGCUGCAGUCCCAGGUGCGGGACUGGAGCUGCAGUCCCAGGUGCGGGACUGGAGCUGCAGUCCCAGGUGCGGGACUGGAGCUGCAGUCCCAGGUGCGGGACUGGAGCUGCAGUCCCAGGUGCGGGACUGGAGCUGCAGUCCCAGGUGCGGGACUGGAGCUGCAGUCCCAGGUGCGGGACUGGAGCUGCAGUCCCAGGCGCGGGACUGGAGCUGCAGUCCCAGGUGCGGGACUGGAGCUGCAGUCCCAGGUGCGGGACUGGAGCUGCAGUCCCAGGUGCGGGACUGGAGCUGCAGUCCCAGGUGCGGGACUGGAGCUGCAGUCCCAGGUGCGGGACUGGAGCUGCAGUCCCAGGUGCGGGACUGGAGCUGCAGUCCCAGGUGCGGGACUGGAGCUGCAGUCCCAGGUGCGGGACUGGAGCUGCAGUCCCAGGUGCGGGACUGGAGCUGCAGUCCCAGGCGCGGGACUGGAGCUGCAGUCCCAGGUGCGGGACUGGAGCUGCAGUCCCAGGUGCGGGACUGGAGCUGCAGUCCCAGGUGCGGGACUGGAGCUGCAGUCCCAGGUGCGGGACUGGAGCUGCAGUCCCAGGUGCGGGACUGGAGCUGCAGUCCCAGGUGCGGGACUGGAGCUGCAGUCCCAGGUGCGGGACUGGAGCUGCAGUCCCAGGUGCGGGACUGGAGCUGCAGUCCCAGGUGCGGGACUGGAGCUGCAGUCCCAGGUGCGGGACUGGAGCUGCAGUCCCAGGUGCGGGACUGGAGCUGCAGUCCCAGGUGCGGGACUGGAGCUGCAGUCCCAGGUGCGGGACUGGAGCUGCAGUCCCAGGUGCGGGACUGGAGCUGCAGUCCCAGGUGCGGGACUGGAGCUGCAGUCCCAGGUGCGGGACUGGAGCUGCAGUCCCAGGUGCGGGACUGGAGCUGCAGUCCCAGGUGCGGGACUGGAGCUGCAGUCCCAGGUGCGGGACUGGAGCUGCAGUCCCAGGUGCGGGACUGGAGCUGCAGUCCCAGGUGCGGGACUGGAGCUGCAGUCCCAGGUGCGGGACUGGAGCUGCAGUCCCAGGUGCGGGACUGGAGCUGCAGUCCCAGGUGCGGGACUGGAGCUGCAGUCCCAGGUGCGGGACUGGAGCUGCAGUCCCAGGUGCGGGACUGGAGCUGCAGUCCCAGGUGCGGGACUGGAGCUGCAGUCCCAGGUGCGGGACUGGAGCUGCAGUCCCAGGUGCGGGACUGGAGCUGCAGUCCCAGGUGCGGGACUGGAGCUGCAGUCCCAGGUGCGGGACUGGAGCUGCAGUCCCAGGUGCGGGACUGGAGCUGCAGUCCCAGGUGCGGGACUGGAGCUGCAGUCCCAGGCGCGGGACUGGAGCUGCAGUCCCAGGUGCGGGACUGGAGCUGCAGUCCCAGGUGCGGGACUGGAGCUGCAGUCCCAGGUGCGGGACUGGAGCUGCAGUCCCAGGUGCGGGACUGGAGCUGCAGUCCCAGGUGCGGGACUGGAGCUGCAGUCCCAGGUGCGGGACUGGAGCUGCAGUCCCAGGCGCGGGACUGGAGCUGCAGUCCCAGGUGCGGGACUGGAGCUGCAGUCCCAGGUGCGGGACUGGAGCUGCAGUCCCAGGUGCGGGACUGGAGCUGCAGUCCCAGGUGCGGGACUGGAGCUGCAGUCCCAGGUGCGGGACUGGAGCUGCAGUCCCAGGUGCGGGACUGGAGCUGCAGUCCCAGGUGCGGGACUGGAGCUGCAGUCCCAGGUGCGGGACUGGAGCUGCAGUCCCAGGUGCGGGACUGGAGCUGCAGUCCCAGGUGCGGGACUGGAGCUGCAGUCCCAGGCGCGGGACUGGAGCUGCAGUCCCAGGUGCGGGACUGGAGCUGCAGUCCCAGGUGCGGGACUGGAGCUGCAGUCCCAGGUGCGGGACUGGAGCUGCAGUCCCAGGUGCGGGACUGGAGCUGCAGUCCCAGGUGCGGGACUGGAGCUGCAGUCCCAGGCGCGGGACUGGAGCUGCAGUCCCAGGUGCGGGACUGGAGCUGCAGUCCCAGGUGCGGGACUGGAGCUGCAGUCCCAGGUGCGGGACUGGAGCUGCAGUCCCAGGUGCGGGACUGGAGCUGCAGUCCCAGGUGCGGGACUGGAGCUGCAGUCCCAGGUGCGGGACUGGAGCUGCAGUCCCAGGCGCGGGACUGGAGCUGCAGUCCCAGGUGCGGGACUGGAGCUGCAGUCCCAGGUGCGGGACUGGAGCUGCAGUCCCAGGUGCGGGACUGGAGCUGCAGUCCCAGGUGCGGGACUGGAGCUGCAGUCCCAGGUGCGGGACUGGAGCUGCAGUCCCAGGUGCGGGACUGGAGCUGCAGUCCCAGGUGCGGGACUGGAGCUGCAGUCCCAGGUGCGGGACUGGAGCUGCAGUCCCAGGUGCGGGACUGGAGCUGCAGUCCCAGGUGCGGGACUGGAGCUGCAGUCCCAGGCGCGGGACUGGAGCUGCAGUCCCAGGUGCGGGACUGGAGCUGCAGUCCCAGGUGCGGGACUGGAGCUGCAGUCCCAGGUGCGGGACUGGAGCUGCAGUCCCAGGUGCGGGACUGGAGCUGCAGUCCCAGGUGCGGGACUGGAGCUGCAGUCCCAGGCGCGGGACUGGAGCUGCAGUCCCAGGUGCGGGACUGGAGCUGCAGUCCCAGGUGCGGGACUGGAGCUGCAGUCCCAGGUGCGGGACUGGAGCUGCAGUCCCAGGCGCGGGACUGGAGCUGCAGUCCCAGGUGCGGGACUGGAGCUGCAGUCCCAGGUGCGGGACUGGAGCUGCAGUCCCAGGUGCGGGACUGGAGCUGCAGUCCCAGGUGCGGGACUGGAGCUGCAGUCCCAGGUGCGGGACUGGAGCUGCAGUCCCAGGCGCGGGACUGGAGCUGCAGUCCCAGGUGCGGGACUGGAGCUGCAGUCCCAGGUGCGGGACUGGAGCUGCAGUCCCAGGUGCGGGACUGGAGCUGCAGUCCCAGGUGCGGGACUGGAGCUGCAGUCCCAGGUGCGGGACUGGAGCUGCAGUCCCAGGUGCGGGACUGGAGCUGCAGUCCCAGGUGCGGGACUGGAGCUGCAGUCCCAGGUGCGGGACUGGAGCUGCAGUCCCAGGUGCGGGACUGGAGCUGCAGUCCCAGGUGCGGGACUGGAGCUGCAGUCCCAGGUGCGGGACUGGAGCUGCAGUCCCAGGUGCGGGACUGGAGCUGCAGUCCCAGGUGCGGGACUGGAGCUGCAGUCCCAGGUGCGGGACUGGAGCUGCAGUCCCAGGUGCGGGACUGGAGCUGCAGUCCCAGGUGCGGGACUGGAGCUGCAGUCCCAGGUGCGGGACUGGAGCUGCAGUCCCAGGUGCGGGACUGGAGCUGCAGUCCCAGGUGCGGGACUGGAGCUGCAGUCCCAGGUGCGGGACUGGAGCUGCAGUCCCAGGUGCGGGACUGGAGCUGCAGUCCCAGGUGCGGGACUGGAGCUGCAGUCCCAGGUGCGGGACUGGAGCUGCAGUCCCAGGUGCGGGACUGGAGCUGCAGUCCCAGGUGCGGGACUGGAGCUGCAGUCCCAGGUGCGGGACUGGAGCUGCAGUCCCAGGUGCGGGACUGGAGCUGCAGUCCCAGGUGCGGGACUGGAGCUGCAGUCCCAGGUGCGGGACUGGAGCUGCAGUCCCAGGUGCGGGACUGGAGCUGCAGUCCCAGGUGCGGGACUGGAGCUGCAGUCCCAGGUGCGGGACUGGAGCUGCAGUCCCAGGUGCGGGACUGGAGCUGCAGUCCCAGGUGCGGGACUGGAGCUGCAGUCCCAGGUGCGGGACUGGAGCUGCAGUCCCAGGUGCGGGACUGGAGCUGCAGUCCCAGGUGCGGGACUGGAGCUGCAGUCCCAGGUGCGGGACUGGAGCUGCAGUCCCAGGUGCGGGACUGGAGCUGCAGUCCCAGGUGCGGGACUGGAGCUGCAGUCCCAGGUGCGGGACUGGAGCUGCAGUCCCAGGUGCGGGACUGGAGCUGCAGUCCCAGGUGCGGGACUGGAGCUGCAGUCCAGGUGCGGGACUGGAGCUGCAGUCCCAGGUGCGGGACUGGAGCUGCAGUCCCAGGUGCGGGACUGGAGCUGCAGUCCCAGGUGCGGGACUGGAGCUGCAGUCCCAGGUGCGGGACUGGAGCUGCAGUCCCAGGUGCGGGACUGGAGCUGCAGUCCCAGGUGCGGGACUGGAGCUGCAGUCCCAGGUGCGGGACUGGAGCUGCAGUCCCAGGUGCGGGACUGGAGCUGCAGUCCCAGGUGCGGGACUGGAGCUGCAGUCCCAGGUGCGGGACUGGAGCUGCAGUCCCAGGUGCGGGACUGGAGCUGCAGUCCCAGGUGCGGGACUGGAGCUGCAGUCCCAGGUGCGGGACUGGAGCUGCAGUCCCAGGUGCGGGACUGGAGCUGCAGUCCCAGGUGCGGGACUGGAGCUGCAGUCCCAGGUGCGGGACUGGAGCUGCAGUCCCAGGUGCGGGACUGGAGCUGCAGUCCCAGGUGCGGGACUGGAGCUGCAGUCCCAGGUGCGGGACUGGAGCUGCAGUCCCAGGUGCGGGACUGGAGCUGCAGUCCCAGGUGCGGGACUGGAGCUGCAGUCCCAGGUGCGGGACUGGAGCUGCAGUCCCAGGUGCGGGACUGGAGCUGCAGUCCCAGGUGCCUCAUGCUUGCACGCACCGCAUCUCCCCCGCUCUUUAACUCGUCUUGCCCCCCCGUCCCCCUCGUUUCCCCCGUCCCCCCCGUCCGCCCUCCUCCCCCGCGCCCCAGUGAACGUGUAUGUGCCCAAGGACCGAGUGACGGGGCAGCACCAGGGGUACGGCUUUGUGGAGUUCCGCUCAGAAGAGGACGCCGACUAUGCAGUGAAGGUGCUGAACAUGGUGAAGGUGUUUGGCCGCCCCAUGCGCGUCAACAAGGCCAGCCAGGACCGCCGCACUGUGGACGUCGGUGCCAACCUCUUCAUUGGCAACCUGGACCCUACUCGCUUUGAUCCUGACGUGGAUGAGAAGGUGCUAUACGACACCUUCAGUGCCUUCGGUGUCAUCGUCACCAACCCCAAGGCAAUGAACGGGCAGUACCUGUGCAAUCGGGCCAUCUCGGUGUCGUAUGCCUUCAAGAAGGACACCAAGGGGGAGCGACACGGCACCCCUGCAGAGCGACUGCUGGCAGCCAACAACCCGUCCACCACGCGCCAUCGCCCCCACACCAUGUUCGCUGCAGCUCCCCCCUCCGCCCCCCCUCCUCCCCCCCCCUCUCGCCCACCUCCACCUUCCAUCCCCCCUGCUGCCGCCCCUCCCCCUCCUCGCCCUUACACCUCUCCUGCUCCCCCUGCGCCCCCGCCUGCACCUUCCCCUUACCGCCCCCCUCCUCCCCCAUCCUAUGGCGGUGCGGGCGCGUCCCCUGCUCCCCCUUACUACCCCCCUCCCCAGAUGCGCCCUCCACCUCCAUCUCAACAGUAUCCCCCCCACCAGAUGCCACCUCCUCCCCCACAGCAUUGGCAGCAGAACCAGCCCCCGCCCCCUCCACAGCACUAUGCUCCCCCGCCUCGCAUGCCCCCUCCUCCCCAUGGCGGGGCACCAGGGGGGGGCUAUGGUCCCCCGCCCCCCCAUGGGGGAGCACCAGGAAGGGGAUAUCCCCCCCCUCCCCACCACGGCGGAGCACCAGGGGGAGGAUAUCCGCCCCCUCCCCCUCAAGGCGGAGCACCAGGGGGAGGCUACCCUCCCCCUCCGCGCUACCCCACUCCUGGCGGCCCUCCCCCCUCCUAUCCCCCACCUGGCCAGGGUUACGCCAUGCCGCCUCCUCCCCCUCAGCCCCACCAAGGGGGGUGGCGGCCGGGGCAGCCCCUCCCUCCCCCGGCGCCUGGUGCAGGGGGGGCAGGUGGGGGUGGGCCAGGGCCCAACGUGGCCGUUCCUCCUCCGCCGCGACCACCCAUGGGGGGAGCUCCUCCUGGGGGCAGUGUGCUUGGGGCCGCCCCAGGGACAUAA